AUGCUCGCCAAUGCGGCCACCAUGCGGAUCCUCAUCAAGGGGGGGAAGGUGGUGAACGACGACUGCACGCUGGAGGCGGACGUCUACAUCGAGAACGGCAUCAUCCAGCAAGUGGGCCGUGAGCUUAUGAUCCCUGGCGGGGCGAAGGUCAUCGAUGCCACCGGCAAGCUCGUCAUCCCUGGCGGCAUUGACACCAGCACCCAUUUCCACCAGACCUUCAUGAAUGCCACCUGCGUGGAUGACUUCUACCAUGGCACCAAGGCAGCCCUGGUGGGAGGGACGACGAUGAUCAUCGGCCACGUCCUGCCUGACAAGGAGACCUCGCUGCUGGACGCCUACGAGAAGUGCCGCAGCCUGGCUGACCCCAAGGUCUGCUGCGACUACGCCCUGCACAUGGGCAUCACUUGGUGGGCGCCAAAGGUGAAGGCAGAGAUGGAGACGCUGGUGCGGGAGAAGGGGGUGAACUCCUUCCAGAUGUUUAUGACCUACAAGGACCUGUACAUGCUGCGGGACAGCGAGCUCUACCAGGUCUUCCAGGCCUGCCGCGACAUCGGCGCCAUCGCCCGAGUCCAUGCUGAGAACGGCGAGCUGGUGGCUGAGGGAGCAAAGGAGGCACUGGACUUGGGCAUCACGGGGCCGGAGGGCAUUGAGAUCAGCCGGCCUGAAGAGCUGGAAGCUGAGGCCACGCACCGUGUCAUCACCAUUGCCAACAGGACCCACUGCCCCAUCUACCUGGUGAACGUCUCCAGCAUGUCUGCAGGGGAUGUCAUCGCUGCCGCGAAGAUGCAAGGGAAGGUGGUGUACGCGGAGACGACCACGGCACACGCCACGCUCACCGGGCUGCACUACUACCACCAGGACUGGUUCCAUGCUGCCGCCUACGUCACUGUGCCGCCACUACGCCUGGACACCAACACCUCCGCCUACCUCAUGAGCCUGCUUGCCAAUGACACGCUGAACAUCGUGGCCUCUGACCACCGGCCCUUCAGCACCAAGCAGAAAGCCAUGGGCAAGGAGGACUUCACCAAGAUCCCCCACGGCGUCAGCGGGGUGCAGGACCGCAUGAACAUCAUCUGGGAGCGAGGCGUGGUCGGGGGCAAGAUGGAUGAGAACCGCUUCGUGGCUGUGACCAGCUCCAAUGCUGCCAAGAUCCACAACCUGUACCCCCGCAAAGGCCGGAUCAUCCCCGGGGCUGACGCCGACGUUGUGGUCUGGGACCCUGAGGCCACCAAGACCAUCUCGGCCAGCACCCAGGUGCAGGGGGGGGACAUCAACCUGUACGAGAACAUGCGGUGCCACGGGGUGCCCCUGGUCACCAUCAGCCGCGGGCGCGUGGUCUACGAGAACGGUGUCUUCAUGUGUGCCGAGGGCACCGGCAAGUUCUGCCCGCUCCGCUCAUUCCCGGACUCCGUCUAUAAGAAGCUGGUGCAGCGGGAGAAGAGUUUAAAGCUGCGGGGUGUGGAUCGCACCCCAUACCUGGGGGACGUGGCCGUGGUUGUGCAUGCCGGGAAAAAAGAGACGGGGACGCCCCUGGCCGAUACGCCCACCCGGCCUGCCACGCGACACGGGGGCAUGAGGGACCUCCACGAGUCCAGCUUCAGCCUGUCUGGUUCUCAGAUCGAUGACCACGUUCCAAAGCGAGCUUCGGCCCGGAUUCUCGCUCCCCCCGGAGGCCGGUCGAGCGGCAUUUGGUAGAGCCGGGGACCUGUCCCCCAACUGAGG